GCGAGAUGGCCGUCAAGCAGAACAACAGCGAGGCGGGCGAUGCCUCGGAGAACUCAGGAGGAGCAGGCAAUGGUAUGCCACCGAAUUCCAAACCAAUGUCCUCUAACGGUCUUAAGAUCCCCGAUGAAAACGGAGCGCCUGAGGGCAUGGACACGGGCUUACCUUCCGGCGAGACCCAGAACAAGUGGGACACCAAGACUAUACUGGCCCACAUUCAGAGUAUUGACCAAGCCGAGAACCACAAUGUGAUGGCCAUCUGCGAGAGGGCCAUUGUGGAUUUGGCCCGUCUGAAGAUCCCACGAGGAAGAGUCUGCCCUCUUCUCAAGGAGGACGUGUGUCAAGUGGGCGCCUUUUUGGCCUCACGCAAUGAGAAGUUUCAUCAGAUGUUUUACCUGCGUGUUGUCUACGAGUUGAUAACGAAGAACCCGUUUGAGCCGCCUCCUUCCUGUGCCGUGGCUGUUGUGUUUCAGCUAUUUGACUCCACCCAGAUUCUCGAGGCGGUACACUCGUUGCUGGAGCAGAAUGUGCAGGAUUCGAACAUUCGCAAGACGGUGAACCUGCUCUGCGAUUGGAUAACCUACUGCACUUUCUGCAGCAAUCUUAAUCUAUGGGUGCUCGCACUGCUCAAAGGGCUGCGUGAUCAGGGCAAGCGUGUACUGCUGGACGAGAUUGCGCUGGAUAACAUUGAGAAGCUAUUUAACGUGAUGAUCUUCCCGGCUCUGCGACAAAAGGCAGCGCCGGUAGUGUUCCAUAUGCUUUCGACAAUUAAUCAGACGCCCGAAGUUUUCCACAAGAUCUUGCCCAAGGUCCCCCAUGUGCUGCAGUAUCUAAAGAGACAGUCUGCCGGCGUGGAAACACAAAAUUGUCUGCAGCAGCUGGUCGACAUUACCAGCGCUCUUAUGCUGCGUUUUUACGACCAGGAUGAGCUCUAUGUCGCCACCAAGAAGGCUCUGCAAACGUACGAGCCAUCGCCGAAUUGUGUAGCACUGGCUCGCGCAAUGCAUGAGAAUGCCCAGCCUUGGAGUCGUCGGAAUGCGAGGGUCGGAUUGGUGAAUCUGGGAAAUACCUGCUACAUGAAUAGUGUACUUCAGGCCCUGGCCAUGACCAGCGAUUUCAGCAGGCAGAUCCUUCUUAUCGAAUGCGAUUCCAUGCUGUUAAUGAAGGUGCAGCAACAGAUCGCUUUGAUGCACCACUCGCUGCGUUACGAGCUGACGCCUUCGCGAGUGCUUAAUGCCACCCGACCGCCUGGUUUUACGCCCGGCCUUCAGCAGGACAGCUCCGAGUUCCUAGGCUAUCUGCUCGAUCUGCUGCACGAGCAUGAGAUAAACAGCUCCUUAUCCUCUGGCCGCAAUGCCGGUCCAACGAAGACCAGCGCGGAGACCGAUGACGUUCCCGCCCUUUUGAGUGAGGAUAUUGUGACCAGCGGCGUGAUUCCGUACAAUAGCAAGGAUAGUGAGCUCGGCAGCGGAAACAACAGUGGCAAUUGUAGUCACAAGAUAACACCCACUCCCCCCGCGACACCCACCAAAGGCACAAACGGCUCGCAGCAGCAGGGACAGCAAGCGACUUCCACGAAGCCACCAUCUACCAUCGACAAGACUUUCGCUGGCAAAUUGUCCACCACCUACCGAUGUCUAUGCUGCGGCUGGGAAAGCCGGAACGAGGACAAUUUCCGGGAACUCCAGCUUUCUUUUCCCGAUGAUAAGGACGACUGUGGAGCCACCAACUACUCAGUGCAGGACCUGAUCGAGUACUACUGUUCUCCGGAGAAGCUGGACGGAGACAAUCAGUACUUCUGUCCACAAUGCAAGAAGCUUUGCGACGCGGAGCGCCACAUCGGGGUCACCCAGGCGCCCAGAAACCUUAUACUCACGCUCAAGCAAUUCAAGUACGAUCAGAAGUACCACUUCCGCACCAAACUGAUGCAUAAGGUGUUCCACGAUGAGAGCGUCACAGUAAAAAUGUCCGCCACGGACUCACUGCAGGAGAUGUCAACUGUGCACUAUGAUUUGUAUGCCGGAGUUGUGCACGCUGGCUACAGCAUGGAUUCCGGCCACUAUUUUACGUUCGCGGCGGAUCAAGCAAAGAACUGGUACAAGUUUAACGACAACCUGGUAACCCACUCGCAGCCGGAGGAGAUGCACAACCUCACUUCUCCCAACACGCCGUACAUUCUGUUUUACAAGAUGUGCGGCCGCUCGAAUGAGUCUAAUGUAGCUUCGGCCAGCUGUAGUUCGAGUAUGGGAUCGGGAUCGAGCAAUGCGGUAGUCUCGGUGCCAAUAUCACCGCCACUAACGCUAGAGGAAUUGCCGCGUCAGCUGCGCGACUAUGUAAGAAAGGACAACCAUGUUUACAACGAGGAGUUGAAGAUGCAGCGCUUUAAGCGCAGCAGUGGCGGACAUGGCAAUGGAUUCGUCAGCCGACACAAUACCUUCGACGGCGACGAAGAUGACCAGGCGCCACCGCCGUCGGGAGGAUGCGGUGGCAACGGACUGGGCAUGAACAUCAACCGCUUUGUCUUCUGAGGUAGCGGGAGCGAAGGUAGCGAGCACUCCGGAGGCCACUAGAACAUAUAUUUGUCUACUUUAUAAAACACGCGCAUACUAAUCUAAAUGUUACAUAUAUAUAUAUAGCCAGUGCAUAACCAAUGGAGAUACAUAUACGGCUACGUAUAUCGAGUGCGUCAGAAUCUCUGGCUGCUGCGCUUUCCGAUCGCUCGUUCGCUAGCUCUUCUCGUUGUUGUCCAUGUUUCUCCCUGAUUCCUCGAUCCUUUGAUCCUUUCCCUUCCGGGAAAUAACUCAUUCUUAUCAUCCACUCAUACAAACGCAAACUAUCAAUGUAUUUCCAUUUACAAAAUUGUUAUAAUUUUUUUUGUUUUUGUUAACACAAACCUAGUUGUAGAACGAGCAUAUAUGCGUACACAUACAUAUAUAUAUAUAUAUAAUUAUAACGAUUAAAUGCAUCUGAAUUAGCCAGAAAAGAGAGCGAUAUACUCGAAUCCGAAGGAGACCACUAACUUCCAAAGCAGUAAAUCAGAAAUGUAUGCACCUUAGUUUUUAAAUGCACAGCUCGGAGUUUAAAUCAAAUCUCGAGUUGCAAUCGAACUAGCAAGAAGCUACAAAAAAUGAGAUCGUCUCGAUGAUGACUUGUAUAAAAUAGUUGGCACGAGCGAGAUCGUAAUCGAAGUCGGGCUAUAUAUAUAACUCCUCGGAUCGUAUUAUUAGUUCCCUGUUAAUUUUUGUGAAUUUUAAAAAAUUUACUAUUGUGCGACACGAAUUUGUAAUUGAUAUAUAUAUAAAUGUAUCUCUUUGGAUCUGGUGAGCAGAGGUUGCGAUGAUUUUUGAACGUUAUUGCAAUUAAAUUGGAAUAAUUUCAAAGAAAUUUGUAUAUGGUGUAUGUCUAUUGAUAACCAAAUUCUAUACUAUGCUAUGCUAUAAGUGUAUCAAUAAAGAAAAGAACAAGCC